AUGGGCUCGGAGUGGCAGCAGCUUCGAGAAAUCAACCCUGUAUUCUGCGAGCGUGUUUCGAAGGUCUUCUUUCAUAUUGGAAACUUUUGCUUGGCUGCAGCUACGCUUGAGGAUGUACAGGCAAUCGUGGAUGAUUCGAUGAGUGAUGUUCUUAAGAUUGAGGAUCGUGUGGCGCUUACAGAGUCAGUGCAUAAGUGGUGCGCGCUUCAUCAAGGGACAGUGGAAAGGACUGUUCGCGAGAUCGGGCAGAAUGUCCGACGGGGGCCUUAUAUCCGUCGUGGGCCCAGUGUGACGGCUGCCGAUUUGUAUGAGGGGCUUUUGGCUUCUGAUCCUGUGCUGGGUUUGGCUGCUCUUGAGAAGAAGUUAAAGCUUCGCAAAGCUGGAACAGGGGCGCGUGUGGAAGCAGAGGACUUGUGCAGGCGCCGCUGGGGAAAGUUUCCGGCAAUUGCAGUUGACCCUGGAAGCCAUCAGCAAGCGGUGGCCGAGCCACCGAAGGACCAGCCGGCGCCUUCUCCGGAAGAUGCAGAUGCGCAGGAGCGUUGCUUGGAGACCAUUCCUUUGUACAGCAUCACUCAGGUUGCACCUCCACCGCGGCCAGAUCCUUUCUGGCCACAGCGACGGUUCCGACAGUGGGACAAUGAUUGGUCCGAGAGCCCGGCCAAGUGGCAGCGAACAGGCAAAGGACGUGGCCAUGGAAAGGGCAAGAACGGCAAGGGGGGCAAGGCCAACCGCGAUGAAUCCAAGGGCGAUGGCAAGGGCCUCGGCGGUGGCAAGGGCAAGAGUGAUCAUGCGCUCUGGACACACACGCACGGGAAGGAGAUAUCAGAUCACACUUACAGCAGCUCUGCACGUCGCGGGGCCAUCCGUUUACAGAGGCAGCAGGGCCUGUACUUCAUUCUUGAGCACCCUGAAGAUCUGGGCCGUGUGCCGUCUGGUGAGAGGCCUGCUUCCAUUUGGUCUUUUGAUGAGGUUCGUCAGAUUUGCGCUGGAGGCGAUGUCAGUUGCUGGGCAUUGCAUCAAUGCCUUUUCGGGGCUACGUCAUGCAAACCCACCCGCUUGUUAUCCAAUUUGCCCGGAGCGUUGAACUUUGGGAUACAGAUGCCAUGUUUCAAUGAUGACGGGGACUACGUGGGGCCGCUCUUGCGCUGUCCGCAUUCACAUGCAGAUCGAGCCUGCGGUUUUCAGGAUGGCACUUGGAAAUCGGCAGCCACGGCGGCUUACCCUUCGGAGUUCGCUGCUUUCUUCGCCCGUCUCUCUUUGAGUGUGGUGCCUGAGCUGAGGGCCGUGGCUGACUCCGACCUGAUCCCAGCCAACAUCCCUUCAUCCGCCGAAGCCUUUGCCACGGAGUGCAUCGCACGCGGUUCUUUCGAUCGUGCUUCAGUUCAGAUUCUUUUCGACUUGCUUCCUAAGACUCGGCCUCAUAAGAUCACAGGCAGUGCAGAACCUGGCACCGCUUUCUUUGGAGGCACUGUGCACCAGGAGGGUCUCACCGCACCGCGGUCCACUUGUUUUACAUUCCCCGAGUCCAUGCGUGUGAUCAAUGCUUUUCUUCACUCCGUGGACCCGCACCACCGUUACGCUGCUUUUGUUCUCACAAAGAACGUUACUAGUGAGGUUCAUCGUGAUCCGCGGAAUGCAGCUGUGCCCAACUUGAUUGUGGCAAUUUCCUCCUUUUCUGAUGGUGGCAUUUGGAUACAGGAUGACUCAGGUACCCAGGUGCGAUCCUUUCACGGCUCGCCCGUCACAGGCACUGUACACUCCUUGCAAGACGGACCCGUCUACCUGGAUGCCCGUGGAUGUUUGCACGCUACCCAACCUUGGGUUGGGGAUCGUCUCAUCGCCAUUGCAUACACCCCUCAGAACGUGCACCUGCUCUCUGUUGAUGAUUCGGCUUUUCUGGCUUCAUUGGGCUUUCCUGUCUUGGAUUCCUCUCCUGCGGGGGGGGAGGCACCAGCGGAAUCCUUCGUUUCCUCAGACAACUUCACCUUGGCUGCAGCAGUGCCGGCGAUAGACAACUCAGGCACUGGAGACGCUCAGGAGGUCGUGGUGGUCGAUCAUGAGGAGUCGGCCAGGGAAGCUUUUGACCCCAAGACUAGUCGCGCUUUCGGGCAGCCCAUGAUCUGCAAGUUUGAAAUGGGCAAGCAAGAGUUUGUGGACGGCUUCGGGUUGUGUUCGCCUGGCCGUUGGGCUCCCGAGGCGAGAGAGAAGUUGGCGUCGAGUGAUGAGGUGGCACAUGCAGAGGGAAUUCGCGGAUUGCUACGAGACUUUGUGAUUGAUCAGCUGAAAGACCCCAAGGACAUGGCGUUCCGUCUCGCGACGGGCCAUGUGAAGAAUUCUCCUUUCGCGGAGUCUGCCUUGCAGAAGUUGAGGCAGAGGAUCGUCGGGUUGAUCCCAGGGGCGUCUUCAGACCUGCUGCGUGUACCCGAGCGGACUAUGAUUUGCGGGGGGACAGACAAUUCUUCGACUGGCAAGCUGCAGAAGAAGGGCUCGAGCACUAAGUGGCCGCUGAUGGGCAUUCAGAUGGCAUGUGCAGCGGCUCUACACAAGGUGAACAAGCAGCUCACACUGCAGUGGAGGCCGAGGGAUGAGAACACCUUGUCUGACGCUAUCACCAAUCACGAUUUCUCGAGUUUCUGUCCGGAGCUGAGGGUUCCCUUGAAGCUUGACGAUCUGCCGCUUGACAUUUUCCUUCGGAUGAUUCAUUCCAGGGAGGCCUUCGUGAAUGCACGCGUCAGCUUACAACACCUGGUAUCAAGAGAGACUUCGAUGUCGCGUCGUGAGAAGGAGCAGAGCAAAACACCUUGGUGA